AUGGCACUACCUAACCAGUCGGAUCCUAAUAUCUCUUCUAGCUCUAUUCGUCUUCCUCUUACUAUUCUCGACACUUUGGUUCCUGGUUCUUCUCACCUCGCGUCUUUCCUGCUUGGCUUCGGCCUCGAUGUCUCCCUGUUUGUCUCGUGGAGUGCCAUCCUGGCUACGCUAUGGGCCGCAGUCCGCUUCGGCCUUGUACCUGCAUAUCAGACCGCUGUGAAGGCACUCAGCUCGUCGGUGAUUGUGGAAGAAUAUGAUCCCAUCUACAUUCAUGUCCUCAAUUGGGCCAGCGCCCAAAAGUAUCUGCAAGAUAUUCGCUCGCUCCGAGCACACAGUGCGGGACAAUACUACAAUGACUUGGAAGAUUAUGAGCAGGACGAGGACGGCCUACAGAUGCGGUCCCGAGAAGGGAUGUCUGAGGAUACCAUCUUCAAUUUCAACAAUUGGUCUGCCCGCGCCCCGCCGACAUUUCGACCUCAUACUUCGUCGGGCUGGUUCUUCCACAAAAACCGACUGUUCAAAUUGUAUCGAUGUCGCGAUCGUGUCGCCAGCGACUUCACUGGCGCCGUGUACGACAGAGAACGUCUUGAAAUCUCAGUCAUCUGGUUGUCUCCUAAGCCCAUCAAGAGCAUGAUUCAGGAGGCCCGAGAAUUCCAUCUAAUCCGUCGGACGUCCAAAACCACAAUCAAACGUCCUACCCCCAAGUCGCAGAGAUCUGGCCGUCAACAAGCUUGGACAACGAUCGCAAACAGACCCAGCAGAUCCAUGGCCACGGUCGUGCUGGACAACGACCAGAAGGCAGCCAUUCUGAAAGACUUCAACGAUUUUUUACACCCACGAACGGCGCGGUGGUACAGCAAUCGCGGCAUCCCAUACCGUCGAGGUUACCUCUUUCACGGUCCCCCAGGAACAGGUAAGACGUCGUUGUCAUUUGCUCUUGCCGGGGUGUUUGGGCUUGACAUAUAUUGCCUUGCGCUGUCUGAAGCUACGUUGACCGAAGAAGACCUCAUCCUGCUCUUCAACAGUCUCCCCAAGCGAUGUAUUCUGCUACUUGAGGACAUAGACAGCGCUGGCCUGGGCAGGGCGCCAAGAGCAAAGGACCUGGAAAAGCGAGAUCCGACAGACCAUGUACCUACUACUAAAAAAGAUAAACAGCGCCGGAAGAAGCAUGCUGGGGAUAAUAAAGGCGACAAAGACGACUCCACCGAAGCCGUGGGCAUGGCAGCAGCAGAUCAGCCCAGUUCGUUCGGGAAAGAAGCAACAUUCAAGAACACGCUCACAUUCGCGGGCCUUCUGAAUGCCAUAGACGGAGUCGCAAGUCAGGAGGGCCGAGUCCUCAUUAUGACGACCAACCACGUCGAAAGACUGGACAAAGCCCUGACCCGCCCCGGUCGGAUAGAUCUGACCAUCAAGUUUGACCUGGCGACCAAGCAGCAGAUCAAAGACCUCUUUGUGCGCAUGUACUGUGUUGACUCGGUCGAGAUGAGAAGACAGCCGACCAAGAUCAGCCAUAUACUGCCGAACCAGGUGGAGAUGGCAAACACACCCAAGGACGGCGACAUGGACCGCCAUCAGACCGACUUCUAUCUCGGCCGGCAUAAAGACAUCCCCAAGGAGGCUCCUUCGGCCGACGGGAGAUCGGUCCUCGACCUGGCGGAACAGUUCGCCACGUCUCUCCCCGAGCGGACUUUUUCGCCCGCCGAGAUCCAGGGGUACCUCCUGGUCAGGAAGAAGUGUCCCGCGCAGGCAGUCGUGGACGUGGUUCAGUGGAGGGAUGAGCAGCUGCAGAAAAAGGCCGAGUCGAGCGUAAUGAAGCUCCAAGGCAAGGUCAAGGACAUUGAUGAGGGGAGGAGCAUGGCGUCGGACGAGAGCGAGAAAAUGGCCGGUUCAUCAUCCUCAUGCGCGGGAGACGCAAUAUCCGACCAGCAGCAGGGGGGAGCAGGGAGAAUAGAAAACGGGCUCGCGGGAGAGCUUACAGGCGGAGAGGUGGACGCCGCAGGGCACACGGAGGAGGUCGAACAUGACGCCGGAUCCGCGACGAGCGAGGGUCCAGAUGGGGACGACAUUGACAGUGACGGUGAUGGUGACGGUGACAGUGACAACUCGGAUGGAGACGAGCAUGGGACCACCUGCAUGGAAGACGGCGACAUGAGCGGCUCAGAACACGAUGAAGACCAAGCCUCCGACGUCGAUAGCCUCUCCCCGUGUGUUCGACGACGCUUCAACCUGCACGCACGCACAGGACUGCGAAUGUGA